AUGAAUAUUCUUGAAGGACCAGUGCUAAGGAAACUCCUUCGACUUCAGGAUUCUCUCAAAGUUUUACAAGAAGGAAACCGCCACAAGAAACCUUUGGAUCUUGAUAGUUUUGAUUUUGACAGUGAUGGAAAUCUCAUUUUAUCCAAGUCAGCAGAACUUGGUGAAGCAGUCGAAGGGCUCUCCGUAAAAGUGUAUGAGAAUGUGCCUAAGAAUCAACUUGAUAACUUGAAGUCUUGCCUCCACCAUAAUGAAGCAGGAAACAGGAAGAAAGACUCAUCUCCCACCCCUCCUGUCCAUGAGGUAUGUGUUCACUAA